AUGCCAAUUUAUUCGUUUUGGAUAUACGACAGACAUUGUAAUUGCAUAUUCAGUCGGGAAUAUGGAACAGGAUUUCAAGAUUCAUCCAAUAGUAUCCUGAGAUCAACCCCAAAACUAAAGGUGUCUGCCCAAUUCACUCCAAAUGCAAGCUAUGAAAACACGUCCUCUUUGCCAAGUUCCUCUCAGUCCACACAAAACUCAUCUAUAUCAUCGGGAAGGGGACAAAGAUUACUAUCGUCUGCAUUGAAUAAUCAAAAGGCCCAGGAUCUCAUACAAAAGGGUACUAUCAAUACUCAGAAUAACAAUAACACAUCGAAGCUCCUUUUCGGUACACUUUUUUCCUUAAGAAAAAUAGCUGUUUCAUUGUGUACACCACAGGCGGAGACAUCACAGGAGGAAGAAUUCAAUGCAUCUAACCUUAAUAGUUUCAACUCCCUACAAUCGUUCCAUACCCUCAAUUACAAGUGCCAUUACUACGAGACCAUGAACGGGUUGAGGUUUGUUGUAGUGACGCAUCCCGCGGCCCGUAACCUUCAAUCAUCUUUGGUUGAGAUAUACCAUUCUAUAUAUUUGCCUACAAUUGUCAGAAACCCAUUGAUGCCCGUUGAAUAUCGAGAGGAUGAGGUUAUUUCCAAUGAUCGCUUUAUCCGUGCAAUAGAUGAAUACUGGACGUCACUUGAAGAAACUUUGACGUGA